AUGUUUAAAUUUAAGGACUUUGGGUCCUUGAAGGCUCCAGGAGGUGUUGAUUGUAACGAAUUAAUUGAUUUGAUUGGCCGUGUAGUUUCGAUUUAUGAGCUUAAUGUUAUUCAAGUUAAUAAAAAACCUCAAAGGUUGAUUGAUUUCGUCAUUGAGGAUUGUAGAGAAAGUCGAUUGAGGGUAACUCUGUGGGACGAGCAUGUGGAUUCGGUGUUGUCGUUCUAUGAUGUUGUUUUAACAGAUCCAUUGAUUGUUAUACUACAACUAUGUAGAGAAAGGGUGACUGAUGAUGGUGAGGUCAAGAUUUCCAGUUCCUAUACGGCAACUAAGAUUUUGUUCAAUUACGAAUGCCUUGAGUUUUUCAGUUUUAAGGAAAGACUCAUUGGAAGCGGUUCUGUUGGAGCUAUGUCAAUUCAGAAUAUCACAGUUAGUUCUUUAAAGGAUAUUCAUGACGAAAAGAAGGUUGGACAAUUUUGGGUAUUUGGAGAAAUUCGUGAUAUUCAGCAGGAUUGGUAUUUCACUUCAUGUAGGAAUAAGAACUGUGGGAAGAAACUUCAACAAAGUGAGGACAAAAUGUAUUGUAAGCCAUGUAACAAAAAGUGGCCAGAUGGAAUCAUAAAAUAUAAAUUGGUGAUUGAUAUCCUUGAUGAUGAUCAAGAUAGUGAACUAAUACUUUGGGAUAAUGUGUGUACGCCUCUACUAGGAGUCACUGCUAGCGAGUUGAAGGUGAAAUAUUCUAAGGAGUGGAAAAUGAUGAGAGAGUAUGUACUUCAGUCAAUAAAGGAGAACAAGGAAGUGUGGUUAAGGAAGCUUGCUGAUGAAAAAGAGUUCAAUGAAAAUUUUGAACAAGGGAUUGAACCACUGCAAGCUAUAUCAUUAUCUAAUCCAAAAUUAAUCUCUCUUGAUGAAAGCACUCCUGAGCAGCAGUCUUUGAAGAGAAUAAAUAUCGAUUGUUCAUCAUUUUCAAAGACUUUAAAGAAGCCUAAGACUUUAAAUAUGGUUAAUGAUUAUGGACUCUCAUCAACCAUAUCUGCGGUAACAUUUCAAUGA